CGCGGGGAGGCGGCGGGGCCGGGGCGGGAGGCUCCCGUUGGGCGGCGGGGGUGGGGGAUCCGGCUCCGCUGCCCUCCCGCCCCUCAUAAAGCUUUGAUGAGACACUUGAGCCGCCGCCUGUGUUGCCGGGGCGGCGGGAGGCGGCCGGUGGGACUGGGCGCCCGGGUGAGGAUGUGACUUCCCGGAGGGGAUCCGGCCAGGCUUUGUGUGGACGACGAGUUCCACCAAGUGAGAAGAGUGAUGACCAUCCUUUUCCUUACUAUGGUUAUCUCAUACUUCAGUUGCAUGAAAGCUGCCCCUAUGAAAGAAGCUAGCGUAAGAGGACAAGGCAGCUUGGCUUACCCAGGUCUUCGGACCCAUGGGACUCUUGAGAGCCUAAAUGGGCCCAAUGCUGGUUCAAGAGGACUGACAUCACUGGCAGACACUUUUGAACACGUCAUAGAGGAGCUUCUAGAUGAGGACCAGGACAUCCAUCCCAGCGAGGAAAACAAGGAUGCAGACUUGUACACAUCUCGAGUCAUGCUAAGCAGUCAAGUGCCUUUGGAACCCCCACUGCUCUUUCUGCUCGAGGAGUACAAAAACUACUUGGAUGCUGCAAACAUGUCCAUGAGGGUCCGGCGCCACUCUGACCCAGCUCGCCGCGGGGAACUGAGCGUCUGUGACAGCACCAGCGAGUGGGUGACGGCAGCAGAGAAAAAGACUGCAGUGGACAUGUCCGGGGCGACCGUCACGGUCCUGGAGAAAGUCCCGGUGCCCAAAGGCCAACUGAAGCAAUACUUCUACGAGACCAAAUGCAACCCCAAGGGGUACACAAAGGAGGGCUGCAGGGGCAUAGACAAGAGGCACUGGAACUCCCAGUGCCGAACUACCCAGUCUUACGUGAGAGCUCUCACCAUGGAUAAUAAAAAGAGAGUCGGCUGGCGCUUUAUAAGGAUAGACACUUCCUGUGUAUGUACAUUGACCAUUAAAAGGGGAAGAUAGUGGAUUUGUGUUGUAUAGAUUAUAUUGAGACACACACACACACACAAAAAAGUUAUCUAUUUGUAUAUAUACAUAACAGGGUAAAUUAUUC